CAUGGGCUGGUUUACUGGGAUUGUCUGUCUUUUCUGGGGAGUGUUACUUACAGCAAGAGGAAACUAUGAAACCUCGAAGAGCAAUGUGCCAAGGCUGAAAUUAUCCUACAAAGAAAUGGUGGAAUCCAACAAUCUGGUCAAUUUCAAUGGCUUGUCUAAUAGCUCCAGUUAUAAUACCUUCCUUUUGGAUGAGGAACGGAGUAGACUGUAUGUUGGAGCAAAGGAUCACAUAUUUUCCUUCAACCUGAUUAAUAUCAAGGACUUUGAAAAGAUUGUUUGGCCGGUUUCUUACAUGAGAAGAAAUGAAUGUAUGUGGGCUGGAAAAGAUAUUCUGAAAGAAUGUGCUAAUUUCAUCAAAGUGCUUACGGCUUAUAAUCAGACUCACUUGUACGCCUGUGGAACUGGGGCUUUUCAUCCAAUUUGCACCUACAUUCAAAUUGGAUAUCAUCCUGAGGAUAACAUUUUUAAACUGGAAGAUUCACAUUUCGAAAAUGGUCGUGGGAAGAGUCCAUAUGACCCUAAACUAUUGACGACAUCUCUUUUAAUCGAUGGAGAAUUAUAUUCUGGCACGGCAGCUGAUUUUAUGGGGCGAGAUUUUGCUAUCUUCCGAACCCUUGGGCAGCACCACCCCAUCAGAACAGAGCAGCACGAUUCCCGGUGGCUCAAUGAUCCCAAGUUUGUAAGUGCCCACCUCAUCCCAGAGAGUGACAACCCUGAAGAUGACAAAAUAUAUUUUUUCUUCCGUGAAAAUGCACUAGAUGGGGAUCGCUCUGCGAAGGCCACCUAUGCUAGAAUAAGUCAGAUAUGCAAGAAUGACUUCGGGGGCCACAGAAGUCUGGUGAAUAAAUGGACAACAUUCCUCAAAGCUCGUCUGAUUUGCUCAGUGCCAGGUCCAAAUGGCAUUGACACUUUCUUUGAUGAAUUACAGGAUGUAUUCCUAAUGAAUUCUAAGGAUCCUAAAAACCCACUGGUAUAUGGAGUCUUUACAGCUUCCAGUAACAUCUUCAAAGGAUCAGCAGUGUGUAUAUACAGCAUGAAUGAUGUGAGAAGAGUAUUCCUUGGCCCAUAUGCUCACAGGGAUGGUCCCAACUAUCAGUGGGUACCUUAUCAAUCAAGAGUCCCCUACCCACGACCAGGAACUUGCCCAAGUAAAACAUUUGGUGGAUUUAACUCUACAAAGAGCUUUCCGGAUGAUGUCAUAACAUUUGCAAGAAGUCAUCCAGUAAUGUAUAACCCUGUGUUUCCUAUUAAUAACCACCCAAUAAUGACUAAAACAGAAGUAAAUUAUCAGUUCACACAAAUUGUAGUGGAUCGAGUGGAUGCGGAAGAUGGACAGUAUGAUGUUAUGUUUAUUGGAACAGACAUUGGGACUGUUCUUAAAGUAGUUUCAGUUCCUAAGGAGACUUGGAACGAUUUAGAAGAAGUUUUGUUGGAAGAAAUGACAGUGUUUCCGGAACCAACAGCUAUUUCAGCAAUGGUGCUUUCUACAAAGCAGCAACAACUAUAUAUUGGCUCAGAUACUGGCGUUGCCCAAAUGCCCCUCCACCGCUGCGAUGUUUACGGGAGGGCAUGCGCGGAGUGCUGCCUCGCACGAGAUCCGUACUGCGCCUGGGACGGUUCCGCGUGCUCUCGCUAUUUUCCUAAUACAAAGAGACGCACAAGACGACAAGAUAUAAGAAAUGGAGACCCAUUGACCCACUGCCCAGAAUUACAGCGCUAUGGUAAUCAAUAUAGCUACAACCUUGAAGAAAGGAUCAUCUAUGGAGUAGAAAAUAGUAGCACAUUCCUGGAAUGCAGUCCUAAGUCCCAGCAGGCUAUGGUCCACUGGCAUUUCCAGAGGCACAAGGAUGACCAAAAACAAGAGAUAAACGAAGAUGACCAUAUCAUCAAGAUAGAACAAGGCCUUCUGCUGCGCAGCCUACAGCGGAAAGAUUCAGGCAAUUACUUCUGCCAUGCAGUAGAACAUGGAUUUGUGCAAAUUCUUCUUAAAGUGACGUUGGAAGUCAUUGACAAAGUGCGUCUGGAAGAACUUCUUCACAAAGACGACGAGGGUGAUCAUUCUAAGACCAAAGAGAUGUCCAACAGCAUGACACCUAGCCAUAAGGUCUGGUACAGAGACAUCAUGCAACUCCUUAACCAUCCCAACCUGAACACAAUGGAUGAGUUCUGUGAACAAGUUUGGAAAAGGGACCGAAAACAACGUCGCCAAAGGCCUGGGCAUAGCCAAGGGAAUAGUAAUAAGUGGAAGCACUUACAGGAAAACAAAAAGGGUAGAAACAGGAGGACCCAUGAAUUUGAGAGGGCACCCAGGAGUGUCUGAGCUGCAUUACCAUUAGAAACCUCAAACAAGUAGAAACUUGCUUAGACAAUAACUGGAAAAAAAUGCAAUAUACAUGAACAUUUUUCAUGGCAUUAUGUGGAUGUUUACAAUGGUGGGAAAAUCAACUGAGUUCCACCAACUAUGAAUUAAGUCCAUGAGUAACUUUCUUAUCAGGCUUUCUU